AUGAUCAGUUGUACCGGCGUCUUUCCUCCACACCGCGGUUCAUUAAAUGGUUGUUUGAUGCCGUGUGUGGUUUCCUCUUCGCACAAAGGGCUGUACUUAGUGCCUCAGGCCGUAUCGGACGCCGCGGGACAAGGAGUGACCAUCACCGGCAACAAGACCUUCAACAACUGGAACUGGCCGAAUGCGGUUAUUUUCGCAGCAACUGUUAUCACCACGAUCGGAUAUGGGAACAUUGCUCCUAAGACGCCUUCUGGUCGGGUCUUCUGCAUCUUCUACGGCCUGUUCGGAGUCCCGCUGUGCCUCACCUGGAUCAGCGAGUUGGGAAAGUUUUUCGGAGGCCGAGCCAAGCACCUGGGCCAGUUCCUCACCAAGAAGGGCUUCUCUCUGAGGAAGGCUCAGUUUACCUGCACAGCCAUCUUCCUCCUCUGGGGCCUCCUGGUGCAUUUGGUGCUGCCUCCUUUUGUCUUCAUGUCCCAGGAGGGCUGGUCCUAUGUCGAAGGUCUCUACUUCUCCUUUGUCACUUUAACAACCAUUGGAUUUGGGGAUUUGGUGGCAGGAGUGGAGCCCAAUAAGGAAUACCCGACUCUGUACCGUUACUUCGUGGAGGUGUGGAUCUACUUGGGUCUGGCCUGGCUCUCCCUCUUCUUCAACUGGAAAGUGCGAAUGGUCAUAGAAGCUCACAAGGCUUUGAAGAAACGCCGAAAACUGCGCAAAUUAUCCCUGGACGAGCUGCAGCAUUAUAAGGAGUCGCACAAAGCGUCUCUCAGGCUUCCGCCGACUCCUAACGACGUGAAUAUUUUCGGCUUCUUGUCCAAAAAGCAGGAAGGCUACAACGACUUAAUCAAACAGAUCGGCAGCAAAAAGGACAGUAGACCCAACAGUUCCGCCAUCAGCGCCAUCAACAGAGUCAAGUCCAAAGACAUGGGCCGGUCCCAGAGCUGUAACGACGCCCCGGUGUUCAACGGUCACACCAUUUUAAGCCUGGAUCGGUCUCCACGACAAAAGAGACGCUACAGUUUCAGCGACCGUGUGACUGUGGCCUUCUCCAAAUCUAAGAACUACCUCUUGGGCUCCGACAGCGGGCUACUGCUCACCGAGGACCAGGUGGAAGGGGACGCGAACCCACACCCGCUGUUCGAAAACCAGCUGGAUAAAGACGUAGACGUAGAACACAGAGGAGCCGGCGAUUCCACGAAGCGAACCUGGGACCAUAAAGAACACCAUGCGCUCGCCAUUCAAAACGCCAACAUUACUUUUAUCGAUGAGGAGAAUUUUUUAGGGAGUAACUUGGAGGAAGAGGAGGAGGACAAUGAUUCUAAAGCAAAGUUGUCCAUAACGACGUGCGAUGAGAAUAUUGAAAUGAACUCAAAGGAAGAGCAAGGGUCGGAGUCGGAGGAGUCUGUGUUCACCAGCGACGGCUCCGAGCACAGCCUUUUCUACGAGAAACUGGUGGAAGAGUAUUCCAAAGAAGACAACACAGACACAUGA